UGUCAGUCAUGCUGGAGGAGAAUGUCACCAAACGUUUCGGGUUAGUUUUGAUGAUAACUACACAAAUGGUUAUCAGUGGUUGGGGCCAAGUAGAGGUCAAAGGGGUCGUGAGUCGUAACGUCACCCUUCGGUUCGUAUUAAACGACAGCGUCACCACAAAGAGCCAUUUUGCUGUUUACACAACGGGAUCCCAAAAGAUGGCCGAGUGCUUUCCGAGGAAAGGUUGCUUCCCGGGAAAACCUGGUUUUGACCUUUAUGUUGGGAAUUUUUCUGUACUUUGCCGAAUUACAAAUGUCACACAAGGUCACGCUGGGAUAUACUGGGUCACGCUGUUCACGGAAAGAGGCCGGACCAGACGGAGUCCUUCAGUGCACCUGGUAGUUCGGGAGGAAGACGGCCAUGACACCAAUUCUCAUAAACAGGAAAACAGCACAACAACCAAAUCCGUACUUCAAGAAAGACCUGGUCCCUUUUUGGGUCCAAUCAUUGCUGUCAUUGUGGUUUCACUCGUCGUCUUGUUGGCGGCAACACUCGCCUGCUUCUUGUGGCAUCGCAUCCAAGCAAGAGAUCGUAGUGCAGAAGGAAACUCCCAACCCUCGCCACAGGUGCCCCCUGCCGUGCCAGAGACCACCUUUGUGUACAGCGUCCUGGACUUCCCCAUGAGGCAGGCAACACCUGACAAGGACGAGCCAAAGCGUACAAACUACUGUAGCAUUCGCUAUCACCUCAACCAAAUAAACUCGUACAAACCCGUAACACCUGAAACCUGUGACAUUUCUGAGAAACAGAUCUGGGUGAAGUGA